GGGACGACGGCGCGGCGAAUGGCGGAUGUUCUAUAAUGCAACAUAUACAUGCAACGUAGCGGCUACAGCGUACUGCGGAGCGUGGUUCUCCCCUUAAUUUAUUUUGCUUUUGCUUUAUUUUGUUUUGAUUUUGAAUGAAUGUAAUUUUCCAGCAUCGUAAACAGAAACAGAAGUUUGUUGUGAUUGUGGUGAAUUGCCCUUAGGACUUAUAAAAAUGGCUUUUGAACAACAGCUAAUAAAGGCUGUGAAACAGAAUCCUGUUAUUUAUGAUAAAUUGGCGGAUGGGUACAAUAGUAUGUUAGCUAGAGAGAAUGUCUGGAAAGAAAUUGGUGCCAAACUAGGCCAAGAAGAUGUUGUUUUUCUCAAAAAGAGAUGGCGAAGCUUACGGGACGCAUUCAUAAAAUACCUCCGCGUUAGAAAGCGAGCUAAAGGCAAAUGCAAAAAAUGGCGACACUUCAAUAGUAUGGCAUUUUUAAUCGGUCACAUCGAACACAAAAUAACGAUAAAUGAUAUAAAUGCGAAAGACGAACCAAAUGAUCAAGAAGAAGAAGAACAAGAAUGUGGAGACGGCGAUGAUAAAAUGGAAUACAAAUAUGAAAGCUUAGACGAUAAUUAUGUGUCAGUUGAAAAUGACAAUCCGAUUUUUUUGAAAAUGGACGAAGAAGAUAGUAUGGAGGAGGAACCGGUAAGCAAAAUACAAUGCUUACAAGUGGAAACUACUACACAGGAGGCAACUCAGAAAUCUGGAGAUCCUGAUAUACAUUUCCUUUUAAGUUGUACUUCUAGUUUGAAACGUUUACCACCAAGGCAAAAUUUAUUGGCACGCAUACAAAUACAAAAGUUAUUAUACGAGUUCGAAUUUGGCAAUAAUGAAGAUGAUGAUGAAUAACUAGUAAUAGGUAUAUGGAUUUAAAAGGUUUUUUAUGACAAAUUUUUGAUAAAAUAAAAGUUCUGUUCCAACACAUGAAAAACCGUCCCAUGAACGGUUUUGAAACCACUCCAAUUUUUAGGUUUUGCCCAGAAUUGUGACAGUAAAUGGGUAGAUUGUACGGUUUUCUGCUGUGUUGGAACAAAGCUAAAGUAUACCUAAGUAUUAGUAUUUAUGUAAUAUACUGAGGCCUUUUUAUUAUUCAUUAUAGAUAAAUUUUAUAGCCAGUCUAAGGGCGGGUAUUAUAAAAAUACUUUAUUGAGAGUUAACUUAAAGUUAACUUCUAGAAUUACAUGUAAUUCAGAAAGUUAACUUCAAGUUAACUGUCAAAGCAGUUUUAUAAUACCCACCCUUAGUCGUUUUAAUACGUGGCUUUGCCUAAUCCUUAGUUCGGAGAUUUUGGAGCAAGUACUUACUUUUCAGAAAGGUACCUACAACAUAUAAGAGGUUGAACAGAUUGGACCAUUGAAUUUGGUUGUGAAUAUUAUAUUAUUAAUUUCUUGUAGACCAUUUCAGUACAGAUGAUUUAUUAAUUUAUUUAUCAACAAGCAAUUAUUGCCCAAUCAAUAGACAGUCAAAUUAACAAGUAAGAGCCUAAACCCAAGGGGGAUUUCACUGGAGUUUUUCUGUACAUAUAUUGUGCAAUACUCAGGUAUUGCAGAGUAUUGUGGACUGUUGCAACCUAUUGCCAAACGUUUCUAGAUAUUGCAAACCAUUGUGAUUACUGUGAACUAUUGCAAGUUAUUGCAGUACAUAGGUAUUCCCUAUUUUUUCAAACUUUCAUAUUUUUCUUUCAUAUUAUUUAAAUCUUUACGAUCUAAAUCAAAUGGAUGAGAUCAUCAAUUUCAUCUUUUUUUAGGCCAUCUAAACUGGCAUACAUUCAAUUUUAGAAACUUCGCUUUUCUUGUUGUUUGUUGUCUUAUGGUUCUACAUUAUAGAGUCUUCAAUGAAACUUUCAUUUUCACUUUCACAUUUACCCUGUCCAUAUGAUUUCAAAAAAAGUUAAACUCCUCUGGUUCUUUG